AUGAGUGUCAAAAAAAAUGUUUUAAUGCUACAUGGGUUUGUUCAAUCUGAUAAGAUAUUUUCUGCCAAGACAGGAGGAUUACGGAAAAAUUUGAAAAAGUUGGGUUAUGAUUUACAUUAUCCUUGCGCUCCACAUUCAAUUGAUAAAAAGGCACUAUUUCAGUCAGAGGCUGAAAAGGGCAGAGAUGCAGCCAAAGAAUUCAACACGUCAGCGACCCUCGACGAAGUAUAUGGAUGGUUCUUUAGAAAGCCGGAUUCUUCCAAUUCAUUUGAAAUAGAUCAAAAGGUAUUCAACUAUUUGCAUAAUUACGUGCUAGAAAAUGGACCGUUUGAUGGUGUCAUUGGGUUCAGCCAAGGCGCGGGACUUGGUGGUUACUUAGUCACUGAUUUCAAUAAAAUAUUGAAUCUUACCGAAAAACAGCAACCUGCUUUAAAGUUUUUCAUCUCUUUUAGUGGGUUUAAGCUAGAAGAUAAAGCAUAUCAAGGAAGUUAUGAUAAAGCCAUUGAAAUACCUUCUUUACAUGUAAGGGGGGAAUUGGAUGCCGUCGUUGCUGAAUCUAGAAUAAUGGCUUUGUACGAUUCAUGGCCCCAAAAUAAAAGAACGUUAUUAGUUCAUCCUGGUGCCCAUUUUGUCCCAAACUCGAAACAAUUUGUGUCUCAAGUUUGCAAUUGGGUUCAAGUAACAAUCAACAAAGAUGAUCAAGAGCAAGACGACCUGCCUGAAGCGGAACAGGAACAAUUCGACAGGCCUCAAUUGGACGAUGAUUUAUUGGAUAUGAUCGAUUCCUUAGGUAGGUUGUAA